AUGCUUUGUGAAGGGAAACUGCUGAGCAUGGCCUACCUCCACGCAGAAGAAUCGUCCCUCCCGUGCCGAGAGAGGCAGCAGAGUACUGUUGGAUCUUCUUCCCGCUCUACAGGCGUCGUUACGCACCUCCAUCACGAUCCCUCGGAGCAGGGGGCCGACGUUGCCGGCGGGAGUCCUCCAGAAGUCUCCCAGCUGGAGUCUUUGGAUCUGUACAGAACCCAGCCGGGCAUAGAAAACUCGCUGGGAAUUCAGAUCCCCUCUCCCCGCUCGGGGGGCGACGCCACCUUCCUGGUUCCGUCCUUCUGUCAGAGCAUCUGCCAGAACUACAGCGACCUCCACAUCGGGGGCGACCAGGUUCUGCCCCUGUCGGCCGACAGCGGCGAGCAGGUGCACGUCGACGCCCAGGCGGUGGGUCCCUUCUUGCAGUCCUGUGACGUCCCGCCGCCCGGGGAGGACUCCCCUCCGAGACGAGCUGCACAGGUUGGGCUCCUGCUGCCUCUCAGGGCCGGCUCCAAUCACUGGACACAGGGAAGUGGUCGUGAUCGGAGCGUUUUGUUCCAAGGGCGCGAGGGACCCUACACCAACUCGCUCCUGAACGGCUACCUGGAACAGAAGCUCCUGGAUCUGUACCAGCAGUACAUGAUGGAGAACAUGGCCAGAAAUUCAGGCCCCGUUUGCUCCCUGUUAGGCUCAGAGAUGGUCCUGACCAGCCUGGACCAGAUCACCUUGCAACUGAGCCGGGAUGGGAAUCUAGAGGCGGGCGUGGCCAAGGACAUGGUGCUGUCGUGUCUGCUGAGGGUGGCCGGGGAAGUGGAGUCCAGCGAGAUCAGCACACCGUUUCUGCAAAUCUCCAGUGACGUGUCCAAGGAGCACAUCAACCAGUACGAAGAGCAAUGACGCCAUCUUUCAUUCUUUGCCACGUUGACAUUUAUUAUAUACAGUGGUGCCUUAAGAUACUAAAAAAAGCAUCAGUUUGCCAAAUGUUUAACAAUACAAAAAAAGCUGUUUAAUGCCACUCCCAUUUCAACUUACUGUCAGACUAAACCAAACAUGCAACCAGUUCAGGGUGUACCCCGCCUCCUGCCCGAUGAUAGCUGGGGUAGGCUCCAGCACGCCCGCGACCCGAGUGAGGAGAAGCGGCUCAGAAAAUGGAUUGGAUGGAUGUAUUUAUAC